AUGGUACGCUUUUCACAACCUUCAAAAGAAGACCCUGUCACUAAAAGGAUCGCAGGUCUUCUAUCCUACUACCUUGCACCGGUUCUUGGUUCAGUGGGAAUUAACAAAGCAGCCGAUCAAGCAGCUGUGAACGUCAGCCUCAAUGUCUGGAACUUCCUCCUUGCAGCAGCCGGUGCCCUCGCAUCGGCGCGAUUCGGCCGCCGCAUUCUAUGGCUUAUUUCUACGGGGGCCAUGAUUGUCUUCCUGUCCAUGUCCACACUGGCUGCUGGUCUCUUUGCUGAACGGCAUCUUUCUGCUGCUGGAAUUGCGGUGGUUCCACUCCUAUUUCUCUUUUAUGGGGCAUUUGACAUUGCUUAUGCGCCUUUGUUCAUCUCCUACCCAGCUGAGAUCCUGCCGUUCCAACUGCGUGCCAAGGGCAUUGCUGUCACCCUUUCGAUGGAUGCUGUGGCUUGUUUCUUCAACCAAUAUGUCAACCCGGUGGCAUUUACGGCGAUUGGAUGGAAGUACUACUGUGUCUUUCUUGGUUGUCUGGUAGUGUUCUUGGGUCUAAUAUACUUCCUCUUCCCCGAAACGAGAGGACGGUCUUUGGAAGAGAUUGCUAUGAUUUUCGACAAGGCUGAGGAAUUGGAGAGUGAUAGCCAAAAGAAGAUAAAGACGAGAUGGACCGAAACUAAAAGACACAUAUAA